AAACCCAUCCCACCCAUUGAAAAGAGAAGAGGAAAUUAAUAAAUUAAAGAGAAAUCGCAGAUCAGAGAAAAACCCUAACCUAAAUGGGAAAGAAGAAGAAAAGAGUUCCGUCCAAGGUAUGGUGUUACUAUUGCGACAGAGAAUUUGACGACGAGAAGAUCCUGGUGCAGCACCAGAAGGCUAAGCAUUUCAAGUGCCAUGUCUGUCACAAGAAGCUCUCCACCGCCGGUGGUAUGGCCAUCCAUGUUCUCCAGGUUCACAAGGAGUCCGUCGCCAAGGUUCCCAAUGCAAAAUCUGGCAGAGAAUCGACUGACAUUGAGAUAUAUGGAAUGCAAGGAAUCCCGCCUGAUGUACUAACUGCUCACUAUGGAGAAGAAGAAGAAGAGGUUCCGUCAAAAGCGGCCAAACUGGAUAUCCCAUCUACUCAGUUUGUGGGAGGAUUGAUGCCAGGGCCACUUCCUGUUGGAUAUCCUCCUCAAUCAACUUUAAGGGCAGUGCAGCCUUUGUAUAAUGCUGCAGUGCCUGUACCUCCUGUUGGCUGGGCAGUUCCUCCUCGUCCACAGCCUUGGCUCCCACGGCAUCCUGCAUCUUCUGUUCCCCCAUCUGCACCUAUGGGGUAUGUGCAGCAGCCAUUAUUUCCACUGCAAAGUGUGAGGCCUCCUUUGGCUGUACCUUCAACAUCAGCUUCACUCCAACCUUCACAAAUUGCUCCACCUGGAUUGCCGACAUCAACACCUACACUUCCUGUACCCCAACCAUUGUUCCCUGUUGUCAAUAAUAACGUACCUACUCAGAGCUCACCGUUUUCUGCUUCUUUUCCAACAAGUGUUGCAGACGAAAAAACUUCAAUUGAAGUGCAUUCAAGUGGUAGUGCUAUGGUGACAGGUGGUGCUGGUGUCAAUUCUCAUUCUUAUUCCUCUGGUCCAAAUACCGGUGGCCCAUCUAUUGGACCACCCCCUGUUAUAGCAAAUAAAGCUCCUGCUGUCCAGCCGGCGGUAAACGAGGUUUAUUUAGUUUGGGAUGAUGAGGCAAUGUCCAUGGAGGAGCGAAGAAUGUCUUUAGCCAAAUAUCAGAUGCAUGAUGAAAAUAGCCAGAUGAGCUCUAUUGAUGCAGCAAUAGACAGAAGGAUCCUGGAAAGCAGACUUGCAGGUCGAAUGGCAUUUUAGUUGAGAGGUGCAUCUUGAGAUUUCUAUGGGAUUAAUGAGUACUUACAUGAACUGUGGAAAGAGGGAUUGGAUCCCCAAAUUCAUCAAUCAAUUUUUAGGUGGGUUAUGGCAACAACCAAGGCAAGAUGUAAUUGUGUUGUAUUCUUUUGCAAAGUGACGCAGAAGAAAGAAGAAAAGUUAAUUGUUUUUUAAUUUUAAUUCUAAAAUUUAGAUAAAUGUUCAUUCGAGUUUAGGUAAUGGAUUUUAUUGAAGGGAAGUGGAGUGAUGAUAUUUGAAGGGAGGGUGAAAGGCUAAAUACAUGUAUUUUUUUC